GAAAUAUCCCAUCUCCCACCCUCUUUCCUUUCCUUCGUGAUUGAACUUUUCUACCUGUCUAACUAACUUUUCAUAUCCAAAGUUUGAAUCACUUCCCAUCUCCAAUCUGGGCUCUUGUUCUUCCAUCUUAACUGUUGUGAUUCUGCUAUUGCUGAUUUCCUUGUGAAAUCCCGUACUAACUGGCUCUCCAAAUUCUCCAACAAGACAGCCACUUCCAUCCCAAAGGGCCGCGAUAACCACCCCUCUGCCUUUUCCAAAUAUCCCUUCCGUGGAAUCGUCGCUUUGCUUAUUUCCCACCCAAUUUGGGAUCAAGGCGGCGAUUGUUUUUUCACAAGCUCAACAACUUGCCCUUCUUUCCAUCCAGGCCGUGAUCCAUCACAAGAAUUACCAUGGGUAUGCUUCGCACUGGUCCUCGUGACCCAGAUGCAUUCCCGGCCAUGCAGCUCUUCCUUCUGGCCAUUGUUCGACUCGCUGAGCCUAUCGCUUUAACAUCCAUCUUCCCAUACGCCUGGGCCCUUGUCAAAAGCUUCGAAAUAGGCCGCGAAGAAGAUGCUUCAUUCUACUCUGGCAUCCUUAUAUCCGCCUUUUCUCUUGCUGAAGCUGUUAUGGGAACGUACUGGGGCGCCCUGUCCGAUCGUAUCGGCCGCAAGCCCGUUUUGAUUAUUGGAUCUCUAGGUACAAUGAUCAGCAUGUUGAUGGUAGGAGUGGCUCCAAGCUUCGGUGUUGCCUUGUUUGGCCGUCUCCUCGGUGGUCUGCUGAACGGUAAUAUUGGUGUUAUCCAAACCAUGGUUGGGGAGCUGGUCACCAAACCUGAGCAUGAGCCACGUGCAUACUCCAUCAUGCCUUUUGUCUGGAGCAUUGGAACCAUUGUUGGUCCCUCUAUCGGUGGCAUGUUUGCCAACCCCCAUGACUCUUGGCCUGAAUCUUUUCCGACCGGCAGCCUCUUCCAGAGGCAACCUUACUUGCUGCCCAACAUCAUCUGCGCAGGAUUGCUACUUGUGAGCAUUGUGCUCGGUUUCCUCCUCCUUGAGGAAACCCAUCCCGACAUGGUCCAUCACGCUCCUACCAGUGAAUACCACGUCAGCGAGGAGACCCCCCUCAUGAUGAACAACCGAAUGGCCACCGAGAUUGAGCCACAGGCCUAUGGUGCGAUAGAGACAACCGAGGAUUCAACCGAUGGCUCAAUUGGGGACUGGGAUACUCUCUGUAUCGAAAACGAGAAGACAGCUGCAGCUCCCAUCAAGAUCUGGAAUUGCCGUGUUGUUGGCUUCAUUGUCGCCUUGUCAAUCUUCACUUACCAUUCCAUGACCUUCGACCACUUACUGCCCAUCUUCUUCGAAGACAGCCGUGUUGAUGCUGUGGAGAUGUUCAAGCAUGGCUCUAUCUUUCCUUUUUACUCGCCUGGUGGCUUGGGCAUGACUCCACGAGAUGUUGGUGUGAUUUUGGCCGUCGACGGCGGCAUCGCUCUGUUUAUCCAGGUUUUCGUCUUCCCCUGGACUGUCAAGAUGCUUGGAACCUAUCGCCUUUUCCUGCUCGUUACUGUCCUCCACCCUGUUGUUUACGUGCUGAUGCCCAUGCUCCUCCUUGUCCCUGAGAGCCUUUUAUACCCCGCUAUCUAUGGCUGUCUCAUCAUCCGCAAUAUUCUCUCCAUUAUACUAUAUCCUCUUCUUAUGAUCCUCAUCAAAGAGGCUACACCAGCCCCAAGCGCUCUUGGAAAAGUGAACGGCUUGGCAGCAAGUGCUGGUGCUGCUUGCCGAAUGAUUGCUUCACCCGUCGCUGGAUUCUUGUGGACGGUCGGUACCAAAUCAGAUUGCUCUGCCUUGGCCUGGUAUGGUAGCGCUAUUGUCGCUAUUUUGGGAGCCGUUCAGUGCUUCUCUGUUCCUCGCCGGCGCAAUGAGGAGCCCUAUGAGGAAACUUCCAAGGCACCCAACAAACAGACUGUUACAGUGACCGAGACUGAGUUUUAUGACUCCCCAUGAGGAGCACGCGGCGCAGUUUGAAACCCGAUCAGGUCGAACAUGCCGAAGCGACUUCGCGGGUUUUGCAACCCGUUUUUAGACUUGAUUGCCUGCAGCAAGUCACACUGUUUUAUACCCUCAUGAGUUGGGAGUUCAAGCGUGUUUUGAUAAUUUGCCUAUAAAAACGACUGGUAGAUGGUGUUUAUCACGGCCGCUUUUACGAAGUUAUGUAUACCCCAGGUAUAAUGAUUGAUUUGGUUUGGGAUGACUUUUUACUUUUUGGAGUUUGGCUUGAUUAUUGAAGAAAAAAGCUUUGAUGCGGAGUUUAUUUGUUCUUAAAUUGGGUUUACGGUUGAAGAUGGGAUUUGGUAUAUAAGUUAGAUAAAAGUGAGGUAAAUAGGAAUAGAAGUAAUUACAAAUA